AUGGGAUGUUACAUCCCACAGUGCAAUAAUGACGACUCCUUCAAGCAAAUCCAAAGCAUGGGAUCAACCGGCUACUGGAAAUGUGCCAACCCUCUCAAUGGCUAUGUCUUCCAGGAGACCGGUUGGCGACCGUGGGAGGGACCACCUCCAUUUGACUGCAACACGUACUGGAUUACAAACCAGGCGAACUGUUUGGAAGUGCGAAAUACCGCCAUAGCUGCAUGUGUUGGCGUUGUGGGAUGUUUCGCCCCGCAGUGCACUGAUAUCGGGACCUUCGAUACGACCCAAGAAUGGCAAUCAAACGGCUACACCUACUGUGCCAAUCCCAUCAAUGGUUACAUCUACCCGGCGACCGCCGUGUCACCCGUGGAGCCGAUACAACUGGAAUGCGACACGUACUGGUCUACAAACCCUGUGCCACCGCCUUGUGGCAUCGACAUCGUUCUCGUCCUGGACGUUUCUUCGAGCAUCUCGCAGAACCAGUUCGUCCUCGCCAGGGACUUCAUGCAGGCUUUCGCCGACUGUGAUGUUUUUCAAGGACUGGGUAUCAGGAUUGGAGUCGUCAACUACACCUGCGAAGCGGACACAUACUUAUUCCUGACACCAGCCUGCGUUGGGGUGUCGUACACAAUCAGCCAACUCAUGAGGGGCGACGGAGGCAUAACCCGAACUGGUCACGCCAUUAACCACAUGCGCCUCACGUCCAAUUUCCGAGACGAGGCCCAUCACACAGCCGUCAUCCUGACAGAUGGAUAUUCCGAGGAUGAUCAACAAGCCGCAGCUACAGAUGCGCGGAACGCGGGGAUCGAUCUGUACGCCGUGGAGUUCGGGAAGUAUGUGAACAUGUAUGCGCUGGAGGCAAUGACCACCUCCGGAUCCCGAGUGUUCACCACCAGCCAGGCCUGCGACGCGGCGCAGAAAAUCGUGGCCGAUCAGUGCGGAUAAAAAACAACGAAGACAACCGGACCGUGUGACCUGACCUGACCUGACCUGAAAUUUGAUGUGGACCUCCACUGUCAAAUGGACAUCCAGUGAUCUCCAAGCAAAAAAAAGGGGG